UGUUGGAAGCCACAAAAAAACGAGAAACAUGUUGCAAAAAAGCGGCCAUAGCAAAGUGACAGUUAUUGCAGGAAUGCAUGGUAGUAAGUGAACAAAAAUAUAAUAUAAAAUGUAUGAAUUGAAAGGGAAUUAAACCAAAAUAAAACUGAGCAGAAGACAAUAGAAGAUAUAGCUGGCUCUUUAUUUACGGUGAAAUUUGAACGACCAUUCACUUUGACAGACGAGGAAAACAGCAGCAAUUUCAAACUGGUCAACACUAGUUUUCUUUUUAUCCUUAAAAACUUCUGAUCAGAGGUUUGAUUUUAUCGUUUUGAAAACUAUGAGUUGACAAUAUUGAUUAUUAUAACAAGAUCUUAUUUGUUAAUAUCGGCUUCUUACCAUUGAGUGUCUUACACACGGCCAUGUUUCAAUCAUAUUAACAAAAUAAAGAUUUUUUGUACUCAAGUCAGCAUUUGAACGAAUAGAUUUUUACACGACGCGGCCCAAAUUAAAAUCCCGGAUUUUUUUCGGAACUGAAGCUAUACUCGCUUAAAAGUCAUCUUUUAAAAAUUACAUAAUUUUUUUCUCAUUGAGUUUUCGGUUUUGCGAACACUUUCGAGCUUACGGCCAUAAUCAAGACUAUCAAUUUACUUCAACUUAUCUCGUGAGUAUCAGUCUGCUAUUCAAUUAGCCGAAUUGGUGUGGCAUAUAAUGGUGAAGAGUUACAGCAAACCGAAACGGAGCAGAAAAACUGCAGUUGCAGUGUGCAAAGGAUUCGAGUCCGACUGCUCAAUUGAAUUUGUCUAUUUCUCCUCCGAAGACGAAGAUACUCACCACGCUAGAGUUGAUGACUUCUCGACGGGAUCUCGCGGCGAUGGUAGGAGCAAUUCUCGUGACCCGGAGGGAAGAAAGAAGAAGCCGAAAACGAAGCGGCGUUCUCUGUUUAACGACGAUGCCAUUGAUGCUCCUGUGAGUCGCAACGAUCAGCUGCGCAGUUCGAAGUACACAGAAGAUCACCUCGAUAGAUUAUUGGGAGGUGAUCUCAAUGGACACGGAGACAACACACAUCAGAACGGAAUUCGGGAAUCACAAGAACGAGAAGCCGAGUUAUUGGAUAAGAACUCCCAGUUGGAGGGGAGGGUGUCUGAGUUAGAAGAAGAAGUGGAUAGAUUGAAUGCUGAAGUGAUCAGGCUGAAAGGGAUUGUCAGAGACAAAGACAUGGCAGCUGAAAUUGAGAGAGAGAAGUGGAAAGAAGAGAUUAAACACUCGAAGGAUACUAACACGACAGCUGGACAACGCAGGGAAAACAGAAAACAGACACGCGGUCAAAAUCGAGGAACCAAUUCAAACGGCCAAAAUGGACAGUACGGCGAAGUCGAACGAAGAGCCAGAAGCCUAGGCUGUAAAUGCCGAGCCUACAAAUGUGUAGCGUGUGACUACUACUUGUUCCACCACAGCCGCCCCAAAUCCCCCGGUAAAAGGGGGACCACUUCAAAGAGCUGUCCCGCGGAUAAGCGUCGCCCACCUCCUGGAAACAGUCAGAGAGUCCACAAGACCAGUCUUGGUUUGCCAAAUGGCAGCAUGACAACUUCACCACUGGAAGACAGAGACAGAGUUGGGCACCGGGGUGAUGACAUGCCUGAUAUAUUCCAGCGGUUGUCUUCCGGAGUGGGAUCGUCGGCUAUGAGGAGGGGGAGAUCAAUGGACAGCCUGAACGGGAGUUUACCUAACAAGGAUAAAAAAUUCGGUAAGAAUAAUUUAAAGAAUUAA